GUCACGUUAUGUCUGCAUUCGUCCUUCAGCCCUUGGUGAGAGUAGAAAGUUUUAAACUGGAAUCUGCCACACCCUUGCCGCCCGAGUGCAUAAGAUCUACUGAGAAAGAAGUUUCCAAUUUGUGGAAUCGAAGCACAGCGGUAUAGGUAUAGGCGAAAUCCGUAGGUGCUUGAUAGGUGUAGUAAAAACCGCCCCGCACAAGCCAUGGAUGAGAAAAACAGAAAUAGUGCGAAGCUAGAUAUCGAAGCUGCCAGACUGCAGUCCGCUGCGACAGCGAAAGACAAACAGGAACAGGAAGCCAAGGAAUCCUACAAGAAACUAUCCGAAUCGGAGCUUGAUCAACCCAAUCCAGUAGCAACAGCGGUCCCUGUUUCGGACGUAAACGGUACCGCAAUGGUGCGUGAAAACGGUAACUGCAAGGAGGGGGAGGAUGAAAGCAUGCUCAAUGGAGGAGGCGGAGGGGACGCUGGAAACGAGAAGGAUAAACUAGCCGAGAAGGAAAUCGAGGUGAAAUUUAUCUCCGAGCAGAAUGGCGACGCCCGGAUCGAUAUGGAGCUGGAGAAUCAGCAAACUUUCUCCGGUAUGACCAAGGAUGAGCUGAUGAAAUUCGCGAACGAUCCGUUCUGGAUACGGCUGCGCUGGUUCCUGUUCAUCGUGUUUUGGGGACUCUGGAUAGCUAUGCUGGCCGGAGCCAUAUACAUUAUCAUGGACGCUCCAAAAUGUGCUGCCCCGAUUCCGCUGAGUUGGUGGCAGGAAGGUCCACUUGUGACGAUCGACGAACAAAAUUAUAAAGCCCAGUCGGAGAGUGUGAAAAAGUACGGCGCAAAGGGGGUAAUUUAUGCCCUGCCAUCGGAUGAGACAUAUCUCGUUAACACGGCCUCGGUCGAGAACAAGAUUAAGGAGCUUGUUGGAACAUUCACUGCCAAGGAUAUCAAGGUAAUUUUGGACCUCACGCCCAACUUCGUCACCAAGGACGAUCAGCUGUUCAAGGAUGCCCUGGAGACACCCGACUCGCCCUCACGCUCGGCUUUCAUCUGGAAGCAGUCGGGAUCCACUCCCACAAACUGGCUAGCAGUGGUUGGCGAUGGAUCGGCCUGGAAAGAGGUUACAGCCCAGCAGUUUGUUCUGUCCCAAUUUGGUGCCGAUCGGUACGAUCUGCAGCUCAGCAAUGCGCUGGCUAAGGAGAAACUGAAGCUCACCCUGAGACAUCUAGCCAAGCUCGGUGUUCGUGGAUUCAGAUUGGCAAACGCAAAGCAUUUCAUCGUUGACCCGGAGGGAAAGAACGAUGUAAACGCUGAAGUCGAAGACAAAACUCUCUCGCACACGGAUUACGGCUUCUGGACACAUUCCCACACCACUUAUCAAGAGGGGCUGGGUGCACUGUUGCACGAACUUUCUAUGGACCUUAGGAAUGCUACCGGAGGCGAUGGAUUCCUCUCUGUCAACGAAGAUAUUGCCCGCCCAGAGGUGUUUACCGUCGGCGGCAAGUUCGGUGUGGAUCUGCCCGAAUUCGGAAACGUGGAGAGCGUUUUGCGUGAAUCGAUUGGGUCCGAUUCGGCUAAACUGAUUCGGGAUGACAUACGUAAGACAUAUUCGGAGAUCGAAACCUACAGAUCAGUGGAGGGUGGCAAACCUUGGGUCCAAUGGCCAUACGGCAAGGACUCGCUGAGCAAUGUGGCCGCUUCGGAGUAUAACAUGUUUAUGUUUCUGCUUCCGGGUGUUCCCGUUGUUCCGCUAGAUGUUCUUAAUUAUGGAAAUCAUAGUCACACCGUUAUCGAUCUCCUAGAGAAAUAUCGUGCUUCUCCUUCGUAUCAACAUGGAUCAUUUGCUAUCUACACCGAUGCGAAUGAGACGUCUAUUGGAUACACUCGGCUAAAAUCGGGUAAUCCAGGAUACUUUGUUGCCCUGAACCUGGCCGACCAGCACGUGGAGGCGGAUUUCAGCGGGGUCGAAGGCAUCGCAGAGGAGCUCACAAUCGUUCUCACAAGUGAGAACUUCCGUGUCCCGGAUGUUGCCGCAAAGAGCAAAGUCUCAUCAAAAGCGGUCCCAUUGUCAGCGCGUUCGGCUCUGAUUGCCACAUACGUUCCGAAGUAAAAGCUCAAGUAGAAGAACCGGGAGGGAGUUUGAUAGGGGAACCCUCUAUCGUCAAAAACCCGAAUAAUUGGGAAGGAACGACAAGCUAAUGAAAAAAAAAUCAUGUAAUCCAAACUGCAAACCAGAAAUUGUGCUUCGCUUUCGUGUAACAAAUAUGAAUUAUUAUGUGGUUCUAUUGUUUGAAAUAUAAAUCAAAUAUGCAACAAUAA